AUGAGUGACAAGCAGCAGUUUCCUUCAUUCUUUAGGACAGUUCCCAGUGAUGACUUCCAGACAUAUGGUACUUCAAAACUGCUGAAACACUUUGGUUGGACCUGGGUUGGAAUUGUUGGAACAGACAACUUUCAUUUUCAUGCAGCUACGCAACACCUAAAAACUGAUAUAAUCAGGGCAGGGGGUUGCAUUAAUUUUUUAGAAAUGAUACCUAUGAACAACUUUGAGAGGAAAAUUUUAGAUGUUAUUCAGAUAAUUAAAGAGUCAUCUGUCAAGGUGAUAGUGGUUUAUACUAGAGCAUUGCAUGCAAUGGCACUAAUGGAGGAAGUUGCAAAACAAAAUAUUACCGGAAAGUUUUGGAUCGGUGUAACAAGCUGGUCAAUCUCUGCAGAGAUAUCAAAGGAGGUGAAGGAAGCAUUAAAUGGCACCAUUGCAUUUCAGCUCCACAGAGGAGAAAUACCAGGUUUAAAACAGUUCCUUUACAGCACACAUCCUUCAACAUCUCCUGAUGACAUUUUUGUUAAACUUUUUUGGGAAGAAGCCUUUGGAUGCAAAUGGGUGCAUUCUGGAAAUCAGUCAUCAGUUAGUGUGGAAAAUACUGGAUCAGUCAAACCUUGUACUGGCACUGAGAGGUUAGAGGAAGUUGACACAGCUAUUUUUGAUGUAAAUAAUUUCAGAUUUACUUAUUGCAUGUAUAAUGCAGUCUAUGCAGUUGCCAAUGCAUUGCAUAAUAUGCUUUCUUGCAAACACGGAGAAGGACCAUUUUCAAAUGGAGAAUGUGUGGACAGAUAUAACUUUAAACCAUGGCAGCUACUGUAUUACUUGAAAAAUGUGAAAUUUGAAAAUUCUGGAGGAGAGAAGAUAUUUUUUGAUGCCAAUGGUGACCCACCAGCAGUGUAUGAUAUUCUCAACUGGCAAAUAUUUUCUGGUGGUGAGAGUAAUUAUGUACAGGUGGGAAUAUUUGAUUAUAAUGCCCCCGAUGGCCAACAAAUCAAGAUUAAUGAAAAAUCUGUCAUAUGGAGCAUUGCAUUUCCUCAGACUCCAGUGUCUGUCUGCAGUAAAAGCUGUUCACCUGGAUUUUGGAAAGCUGCCCGUAGGGGACAGCCCAUCUGUUGCUUUGACUGCUUUUCAUGUUCUAAAGGAGAAAUUAGUAAUCAGACUGAUGCCACAGAAUGUAUAAAAUGUCCAGAGACUCUCUGGCCUGACAAUAAGAGAGAAAAGUGUAUUCCAAGAAGCAUCGAGUUCCUGUCAUACAAUGAACCUCUUGGAUCGACACUGGCAUCCAUUCCUAUUUUCUUGUCAAUAGUAACUGCUGCAAUUCUCUGUGUUUUUAUUAAGAAUCAGGACACCCCAAUAGUGAAAGCCAACAAUCGUGAACUCAGUUACCUCCUUCUUCUUGCACUCAUGUGCUGUUUCCUAUGUUCCCUAAUAUUUAUUGGCAAACCAAAAGUAUAUAGCUGCAUGUUUCGACAGCCUGCAUUUGGUACAGCAUUUGCACUUUGUGUGUCCUCCAUUUUGGGGAAAACUAUCACCGUGGUCAUUGCAUUUAGUGCAACCAAUCCUACUAGUGUGCUAAGGAAGUGGACCGGCUCCAAAACCCCUGCUGUAAUUAUAUUUAUUUGUGUGUGUGUACAAGUUGUUAUUUGUAUUUGCUGGCUAACAUCUAAUCCUUCAUUUCCACAGCUUAAUAUGAAGUCACAAGAGGGAAAGGUCAUAGUUGAGUGCAACGAGGGUUCAAUUACUGCGUUUUAUACCAUGUUAGGGUAUCUGGCAUCUCUGGUAGCUGUAAGUUUGGUUAUUGCAUUUUUUGCUAGGAAGCUGCCUGAUAGCUUUAAUGAAGCCAGAUUCAUUACUUUCAGUAUGCUUGUGUUCGCCAGCGUCUGGCUGACCUUCAUACCAGCUUAUCUGAGCACUCAGGGUAAAUACAUGGUUGCUGUAGAGAUAUUUGCAAUUGUAUCUUCUAGUGCUGGUAUUCUGUGCUGUAUAUUUAUUCCAAAAUGUUACAUUAUUAUUCUGAGACCAGAGAUGAAUACUAGGGAACAUUUAAUGGGAAGUUCACGGCUAAGGAACAAAACAUGA